AUGGAGUUUUCUACCAUUUUCACCCUCGUUCCGUAUCCCAAGUCCCCCUCCCUUGGCGAUCCCGCUAUCUUCCUGCCCAUCUGGGCUUCCCUCCUCAUUGUGUGCUUGUUUACGAAACUGGUCACCGCCUUGUGGCCAUCGGUUCUCAUCUACCUCUCCUUUGUUGUAGCAUUUGCCCCGGACAAGAACUUUGUUGUCGCCGCCAUGUCCUGGCUUUCACUGCUUUGGCUUUGGAAGCCCUGGGCCGCCGCGACAGCUGACCUACGUCGCGAAGUCGAUCUCGCGAUUGACUUUGCAUUUCUCGCGUGGUUCCUGAUGGCCUUCCCUUUCAUUGUCUUGACAAUGUGGGUCGGACUGAUGGGGGUUCUUCGUCUUGCCGCCAACGCCAUAAUCCGCCGAAUCCAUGAUGCCAUGGAGUUCGAACUCGACCUGGAAUAUGUCGUCAAAUGCUACUCGCCCAUGCAGCUAGGAUCACCCGGCGAUCGCGCCAUGAUCCGGCUCCUUGCCGCCUCCGGAAACCCGACAUUCAUCCUGAGACUAUCUCGCCCUCCUCUCGGCAUUAACCAAGCUGGAAUUGAAGCUAUCUUUCGGGAUAAGCGACCGCGCCGUUUGGUGAAGACCUCCAUCGAAGAGCAGGAGCAAUCUCGGGCACGAUUGAAGAAGUUUGUGAAGGAGUGCCGUGCAGAAAUCAUGGCAGCAAAGGAAGCAGAGAGAAUCGCCGCUGCGCAGCUUAACGAUCCAAAGCCAACGCCAUUCGACAGCGAACCAGUGCCUCAGUCAAGAGAGACCCCCACCCCGGUGGUUCAGGUUUCUGCUUGGCCCACUGUUCCCGAGUCGGACAACGUCGCAGAAGACGUCAAGACCAAGACUACCAGCGGAUUUCUAGUCGGAGAUGAAGAAGACAGCAAAGCGAAGGAACCCGAGUCCUCAUCUGAGGAGUACGGUGAAAGCUUGGCCCAGGAACCCGAGAUCGCAUCUGUGGUUGACGACGGCGAAAGCCCGCUGUAUAUCGACACCCAAGCCCAGGAACCAGAGAUCUCGUAUGAGAAGUAUGGCGAAAGCUUCGCCGAGGAUCCCGAGUCCACAUUUGUGGAGGACGGCCACGGCCCAGUGUCCGAGUCGAGCGCCACGGUACCCGAAGCGGCCCAGGAACCUGAGACCUCUUACGAGGAGGAAGGCAACGGCCUGCUCAACAUCCACGCAGUCCAAACCGACGAACCGGAGGUCUCAUUUGAGGCUGACGAAGGUGAAGGUUUCACCGAGGAACUGGAGGUCUCAUUUGAGGCUGAUGAAGGUGAAGGCCUCACGGAGGACAAGACCUCGUAUGAGGAGGAGUUCGACGUUGAGAUGACUGACGCGGAUCCCCUUGAGGGAAUAGAACCUGGUUACCAUUACGAUACCCGCGGAUACUCCAACCCACCGGAGCCUAUCCUGCCAUUGGAAGUUGUGGCCCCACGGUCUCCUGCUGGUCAGGUACCUGGUUGCCACUACGAUACCCGCGGAUACAUGUCAUUGUCGCCUGUUGUCGAGAGUGCUCAGCCUGUUGUCGAGGCCCAGUAG